UCUGGAUUGCUGCAGAUGAGACCAUGGAAUAGAGUAGAUUAGAGUAGAGAUCGGACGAUCGGAGCCUCAGGGCCAUGCGGGAUAACAUGAAGGCUGGGCUUCAACAGCUUUGGCUGGUGAAGCCUUCCCAUGCAUGCUUAUGACGAAUGUCUCCCAAACAGUUUCUGCAGAAUUUGACAUUGUCAUCACUCGUUUCUCUUUGGGCUAAGAUCAAGUACCUCGCUCCCAAGUUCUUCCCAGUAGCGACCGGGCAGCUGGGCGAACACCAUUCCACGUUUCUAAGCUCGGAUGCCGGAACUUCCUGCGUGGAGCCCUGGUGAUCCUCGAGCAAAGCAUCGAUAGGGUCUGCGUUCUAGCAGUUCAUCGAGCGAGAAGGCAGAUCUUAGAAGAUCUUUCCGCUUCCUGCAGGGGUCGGAAAGAGAAAUUAUGUUCGUAGUAUCGUCGGAUUGAGUCAUUCCUGAGAGUUUAGAAAGGAGAGCAGCAAUGAUCGCUGCGCUAGGGUUGGAACCCUCGGUCGCAAUCGCUCUGGUUUAUCCAUCGAUCGUGAGGGUUGAUGGCGUGCUGGCAAGUGAAUCUGGAAGGUGUUCCCUCCCAUAUCCUCGGAGGAUUAGGCUCGGCAGGACGGCUCUGAGUCUGCGCAUUCAUGAGAAGAACGCGCAUUGUGAUUCUCACAGUGCAGAUUUGAGAUGCAGAUCGGGGCGUAGUCUGCAGAAUCUGCAGUGCUGCAAGUUGAGCUCCAAGGUUGGUCCAGGCUAUGGGCUGGACAUUGGGGAUGACAGAAAUUCUGACCUUGGCAAGUCCAGGAAAGGAGUCGACAAGAUUAGAUGCUAUGAGAACUGCCACCACCAUCACCACUCUCCCGACGGAGGAGAAGGCUAUGGAGAGCCGUCCGAGGAAUGCAGCUUCAAGCAGGCCAAACCUUCCAGCGAUUGCUCCAAACCUUGCAAGGAGGUCUGCGAGCCAUCGUCAUCAUCGUCAUCCCCGUCGUCGUCAUCCGAGGCCGAUCAGGGGUGCAUGCCCGAACACUCGGGAGACUAUACCAUCAAAGUGAGCAGGGAGAUGAUGGGAGUCUUCCGAUAUGUGGAACAAGUCAAGCGGGCAAGAAUUAAGGAUCUGGCGGAAACUCUUCGAAAGGUUGCAGGAGCCUGUUUCCUGUUCUCGUGUGUGAGAGGCGUUGUGUCUCCAUUGGUGGAGGUGUACAAAACCUCGCCACCCAAUUGGAAAAAUCUUCUUCUCAUGAUCGGGUCUUUUGACUCAUUUGCAAUUACUUACCUGGCUCUAAAGGCCUCGGAGCCCAUGUUCCAACUGUCAGUUCUCGCCACCGAGACCGACUGUGAUAUGAUGGGGAGCAUCAAGAAGGAAGAGGAGCAUCUACUUGCUCUGGCAGUCGAGCUGGUGAAGCUCUUUCGUAGUCUGCGCAAUGUUACGCUGUUUACCGCGUUGGUUCAGUUUGUGCAAGUCAUGCAUGCACUCAUCCAGCUACGAGAUCCUACAUUUAGUUGCAAUGUGUCCAGAAUCUUCGGGUCCUGGUUUGAUUGCCCAUGGGGAGGCUAGCACUCGCACUUUCCAACCGCAGUAGCAGCUAAACGCUUGCGUCAUAUGGGAAAUCCUCAAGUUCAUUCGGAGUGUGUUUCCAUCCGUUGUCAAGUCCCAGCGUUCCAACUCAGGUCUGCUGUGCAUCAGCCCACAAGUACCGAGGAGCCUGAGAUUGAAGCUAUGACACGGGGCUGGGAAUCCAUGUCUGUUGUCGUCAAGUGCCAGCGUUUGAGUUCCCUACGUAUCCAGCGAUCGCGGCCUGUUGGUUACAUUGUGCUUCUCGAACAUAAUUCUCUCAGCGAGAGAUUAUGAUGCUUGUGGAGUACAGCUGAACUUUGACAUAGUGGGAUUUCGGUUGUGGGCAGUAAAUCCUUUAGUAUGAACCUAACAGAUCUCGCAUGCUCGGAUUCCGAAUGCGAGAUUUACCAUUUCAAUCACAGCUUGGUAUUUGUACGGAGGCCGAAGGAAAGUCAAAUCACAGACAGGCACUCACAGAGC